AUGUCCCUACAGGAAAGAGUGGCCCGGAUAUAUUACACGCAUGGAUUGUUCUGUGCUAGUCAUCCAUACUCCAUCCUCUGUCUGGUCGUCAGUCUCAUGCUGGUCACCUUCCUGCCGUUACUUUACGUCCCGUUACCAGGAAAUGUACCAGUGGAGCACAUCAUGCCCUUGAGAGAAGAUAUUUCACCAACAGAUUCUCUUCCUCCAAACCUGAAAGGAAACAACAACGAGGGCGAGCUGAAACCUAGAUGGCUAAAAGGACCACCAGUUGGUUAUAUACAACAGAUAACAGUCCGAGCAGCUGUAUAUCCCUGGGCAUCAGAAUUCCUCGCUCCGAUGGAUGCUUUCCGCACCCCACUCAGCAAAGUUUUUGAUGUCAUACGACAACUGGAUAGCUUCAUAUUCUCUGACAAUGGAAAGGAUGUAUCCUUGGCAGAUGUGUGUCUGCGGGUGUCUGAGACUGUGAGCAGUAGAAAGGUGAAGGAAAUACUCCCAGAAUAUGCUUGCUUGGAGGUAUCACCUGCUAACUUCUGGGGUCGUAACAGGGAAAGAUUUAUUUCUGAUGGGGAUAUCCUGCGAACAAUCUUUCAGAAACGUGGACAAACACUUGACACCUCUCCUUACCUUCGAGAUAUUUUGUUGGGAGUUCCCUACAAAAAUUCUGGGGUGUCACGCUAUUUCAUCAGGAACCAGCAGAGAACAAUUUCAUUUGCUGUCACUAUUGUGUUGAAGAAGAAUGAUCAGAAGUUUAUAGAUGCCUUGAAGAACAAACUUGUGCUGGCGUUCCCAGAUACACUGAAGAAUGUCAAUAACACAAACCCAGAACAGUUAGUACAUGUCCACUACAAGGAGAAUCGGAUUCUGUUGGAGUACAAACCCCUCAUACUGACCUACAUAGCUUUGGCUAUGUAUCUGUACUUCUCUGUUCGAAAAAUAGAGAUGGUGAAAUCCAAGUGGGGCCUAGCUCUAAGUGCAGUGGUGACAAUAGUGUCAUCUCUCCUCAGUUCUGUCAGCAUUUGUACUGUGUUUGGACUAACACCAACACUCAAUGGAGGUGAGAUCUUUCCCUACCUUGUGGUACUGAUUGGUGUGGAGAAUGUGAUGGUCAUCACCAAAUCUGUUGUGUCUACUCCUGUCACCCUCGAAGUAAAGCAUAGGAUAGCUCAAGGUAUCAGUAAAGAGGGCUGGUCCAUCACUAAAAACCUGGCAACUGAACUCAUCAUCAUCAUAUGUGGCUUUUUCACCUUUGUGCCAGAAAUACAGGAAUUCACAUUGUUUGCCUUGGUGGGUCUUCUCACGGAUUUCUUCCUCCAGAUUGUUUUCUUUGUCACUGUGCUCUCCGUUGAUAUCAGGAGGAUGGAGUUAUCUGAUCUAAAUAAAAAACCUCUGAGCUCGUCUGUGAGUUCAGUUGGGGAGAGCAAGCAGUAUGAGCCGCUGAUCCGUUGUCCAGUAAAGGCUUAUAUAGGACAUAACAGAAGCCCCCACAUACAAACGACACCUACGACAUCCUCUACCCAGGAAGCUCCAAGGUCACCUCCCAUCACUCCACGAGAAAUCGACCAGUUCUUUGAAAAUGCAGCCAUUAAUAUUCAAUCACGACGCCUAAGAUUACUGUACUUUUGGGCCAGCACUAGAAUGGUACAGAGGAUGAUCAUGGUGUGCACAGUAAUCUGGAUCUCUCUCAUUGUGUAUAAAUCAGGUCUCGUUGAACACCUUACAAACUCUACAUCCAUGAUAAAUCUAUCAUCUUAUGAAAGUAUUGAUAAAGGGAGACUACCAAGUCAGCAUCACCUUCAACACAAUGGCCACCACAAGGAGGAUGCUGGCAUUGGGUGGUCAUGGCAACCAGGAGAAGAAGAAGACACGCGUCCUGUGGAACAUACACAGUUUGAUCUAUGGAGACAAUUGAACUAUAAACACUGGCCAACUCUGUUUGGUUAUUAUAACAUAACUUUGUAUGGAAAAUUUAUCAGCAUUUUACCCACAAUUCAUCUGUCUGUGAUAGUCGACCCACAGGAAGCCAUAGACAUGCGUCAUCCAACAGAACAUGAUGGCAGUCCAUCCAAACCAAUCAUUCCACCGUUUGACAAAUCUCAAGAACCCUCUUCUUUACCUGUAGAUAAAAGUGAAGUACAAGACUUUAAUGAACUUUCUGCCUGGUAUUUACGUAAUUAUGCUGACACUGAGCACAUCAAACAGCUUUAUCCUAAAUCCUAUAGAGAGGUGAUCAUUACUGUCUUUAUCGUCAUUCUUGGAUUUAUCUGCAUCAGUUACUUUAUCAUAGCAUGUUACCACAAAUUGUGUCCUCGUGAUUAUGGACGUCGCAAAUCUAAGAGCAAGACAAGAAAGAAGGGCAUGUACUAUAAACAGAUUAAGGAGUCUGUCCCCAAAGUUUUACAUGGUCAUGUACAGGAGAUAGAAUGUGUGGUAACUGAUGGUCACUUCAUUAUCAGCUCCUGUCUUGGUGGUCAGAUCCGUGUAUGGGACUCGGUGUCCGGAGACUGCCUUAUGUCAAUCAUAAGAAAAAGUGCUACUCCACCUGUUAAGAGAAAGCCUUGUGUGGGCCGUAACAUUGAGGACAGUGAUGCUGACUUGUAUGAUGAAUAUCAUGGUGACAGUAGCUCUGCAUCCAUUGAUACAUCUUUAUACCAGGUGGAGGGAAGUGACGUUAGCCUGAGUGGAGGGCCCCGUCAUCGUGGUCGCAGCAACGUGAAACAUCCAGGCGAUGCUUGUCGCAGAAAUAUUUUUAGUUUUGAGCCAGAUUUGAAUAGUACCAUAGACACAAACUUUACGGCUGUAAACUCGCCUGAAAGUGCACAUAAAAACUCAACAUUGAAUAAGGCAAAUAACUCUAACUUAAGCCAAGGUAGUGUUUCAGCAGGGAGUAUAAGUAGUUUAUCCUCAUUAUCUCCUGGAGGUGAUGCUUUUGCAGGUACACCUUCCCCUGGAGGUAGAGAGACUGGCACUGUUCGUGCUGGAUAUGCCUAUGACUUCAGCAGUAGGUUUGAUCAUAUUUACCGAGAUCACAGACAGAUGGUGAUGGAGAAUCGAGCUGGUACAGGGGACAGUAACUCACAGAUGUGGGAGGAUAGUCGUGCACGUAGUUGGAGUGCAGGUGAUCUCCCUAUCACUCAGCAGCAUGAUGCCAGUCUGUUUGACACUGGAUUUCAGGACAACCAGGCACCGUCAGUGUGGUGUAUGACGUGUAAUGAUGGACUCAUUAUUGCUGGCUGUGGCAACGGACGAAUAGAGUUUUGGGAUGGAGGGUCAGGGACCCUAAAAUGCCUGCAUGGUGACAGUAAGGAAGGUGUGACAGCCCUAUGCUAUAUCAGAAACCGGGUUGUUGCUGCACGUCUUGACGGUACUAUUGACUUCCUGGAAAUGGAAACUUUCCAGAACCCAAUCCAGCCACCUCAUGUUCCUCCUCCAAGCAGUCCAGCCAAAGGACAUGUGCGGAACUACAGCCAGUCUCACAUCAACCACAGUCCCAAUAAGAAACCAGGACAUGUCCGUAACCACAGCCACACCUAUGUCCCACCCACCAUGAACCACACCAUCCCAGCUCCUACCAAUAUGAGAAAAUGGGAAGAAAUCAUUCAUGUAACCCUAAUUCAACGAAUCAAAGCCCACCAGCAACCAAUUGUAUCGUUACAGUGUCAGGGAGGGCGUGUCGUGUCUGCUAGCUCUGAUCACACUUUAAAGGUAUACAAGUUGGAAAGCUGUGUAACGCUGUAUACAUUACAUGGACAUGAAGACAAAAUUACAGUGUUAUAUCUAGAUAAGUUACCACCAUAUGCAGCAGCAAGCGGCGAUGCAGAUGGAACUGUCAGACUUUGGGACCUUCCUACAGGGUCCUGUAUACACAAGGUCAAAGGUCAUGAGGGAAGUGUUGUAGCUUUGACCUGUACUACCAAAUAUGUGAUAAGUUCAGGACUGGAUGACCUGCUGGUCAUUUGGGAUCGAAGUAAAGGAAAUAUUGUCCACUGUCUCAGUAUGGACCCGUGUGGGAACAACAGCCUGUCACUGCUGAACAACAACUUACUGGUAACAGGGGGACAGGGGUGUAUCAACUUAUUGGAUGUCAGUAAGGGUGAAAUCCUCCGUACAGUUUAUCUCAGUGAUUCGGAACGGAUGGCAUUUGUGAAUCAGAUAAAGGUGGUUGACAACACAGUAAUAGUGUGUGAUUAUGCCAGCGAGAUGAAGGUCAUACACUUCCCUACAGUACUCGAGAAGGCUGACUAG